AUGCAGUUGCCCCAAGAUCUGCUGGAAGAUGCAGUGGAGCUGGGGCUGGUUCUCUAUGCUCCGUGCUCCUUGCGCCACACCCAGAGUAUUGCCCUCUUCAGUCAGCUGCCUCCGUCCCCCCCUGCAGGUGGUGGUGGUGUUGGGCGAGACAGGAUGUGGGAAGACCACACAGCUGCCGCAGUAUCUGCUGGAAGAUGCAGUGGAGUGGUGGUGGUGUCUGUCGAGACCGGAUGCGAGACCGGGUGUGGCAAGACGACGCAGCUGCCACAGUACCUUUUGGAAGACGCUGUGGAGUCGGGGCAGGGAGCGCAGAGCUCCAUCAUUUGCACUCAGCCGCGGCGGAUAUCGGCAGUGGCGGUGGCAGAGAGGGUUGCUGCUGAAAGAGGGGAGAGCAUCGGGCAGUCGGUGAGUGUUCCGAGUCAAACCAAGUCAAGGGGAAGAGGGGCAGGGCAGGGAGCGCAGAGCGCCGUCAUUUGCACUCAGCCUCGACGGAUAUCGGCGGUGGCAGUGGCAGAGAGGGUGGCAAGCGGGGAGAGCAUCGGGCGAUCGGUGCGAUACCAGGUGCGGUUGGAGGCACGUCGGAGCCGGGCGACGCACCUGCUGUUCUGCACGACGGGCGUGCUGCUGAGACGACUGGCAUUCAACCUCCAUUCCCUCACUGGAAAUCCCGUUCUCCCACUCCCAACCCUAUUAGGUCGGGUACCAAGUCCGCCUAGAAGCGCGCAGAAGCAGAGCCACGCAUCUGCUGUUCUGCACCACGGGGGUUCUGCUGAGACGACUGGCGUCCGACCCGCUGCUGACCGGCGUGACUCACAUCGUGGUGGACGAGAUCCACGAGCGGGGCAUGAACGAGGGCUUCCUUCGCAUCGUCUUGAGAGACCUCCUCCCCCACCUUCUCGAUCUGAAGCUGGUGCUCCCCUUACAUCUUCUUCCCCUCCUGUCUUCUCCCCUUCUCUCGCCCCUUUUCCUUUCCCUCCUCUCUCCCCCCUUCCCCCUCUUGUCCCCUCUCCUGCCCCCUUCCCCCCCUCUCUCCUGCCACAAUCACACUUCCUCCUCAUCGUCUUAAGAGAUCUGCUCCCACGCCGACCCGGUUUAAAGCUGGUGCUCCCUGCUCACCUUUCCCCGCCCUCACAUGCUCUCCGUCCCCCCCACCAACCAGACUUCCUCCUCAUCGUCUUGAGAGAUCUCCUCCCGCGCCGUCCCGAUUUGAAGCUGGUGCUCAUGAGUGCCACUCUCAACGCGGACCUCUUUUCACACUACUUCAGCGGUGCUCCCACGCUGCACAUCCCGGGCUUCACCUACCCUGUGCGCUCCUACUUCCUGGAAGACGUGUUGGAGCUCACAGGGCACGAAGUCACUCUCUACAACCAGGUGGAUGACUACGGCAGUGAGCAGCAGUGGAAGAGGAGGCGGCAGAUGGCCCUCAUGGAGAAGCGGAGAAACAGCCUGGAACCUUCCUUUGUUCAGGAAGCCCUCGCCAAUCACUCCUUCGCCUCCCACUCGCCCUUUGUGCAACGCUCCAUGGAGCAGUGGACUGGUGAGGGCGUGGGGUUCUCCCCCAUCGAAUCUCAAUCAGCCGGUCCCUCGGAAGCGCUUGCCAAUCACUCCUUCACCUCCCACUCGCCCUUUGUGCAACGCUCCAUGCACCAGUGGAGCGGGGAAGGAGUGGGUUUUUCCCUCAUCGAAUCCGCUCUCGAGUUUGCAGUGCGGCGUGGCCCCCGGCUGCUGGCACAGAUGCAGAAGGAAGGGGGGAGGGAGGGGGGGCGCGAGUGGGGCAGAGAGGGGAGGGAGAGGUGGGAGGCGGGGAGGGAGAGAGACGGGAUGCAGGAGAGGGAGGAGGAGAGGAGGGAAGGGAAGCAGGACGCAGCAGGGGUUGUGGGGAGCAAGGAUGCAGGGGCGGUGCUGGUGUUUAUGACGGGGUGGGAUGAUAUUAUUGGCAUGCGCGACAGGCUGAGGGAGCACCCGCUAUUGGGGGAUGAGAGCCGGGUGCUGCUGCUCACAUGCCAUGGCAGCAUGCCCAUUGACGAGCAGGUGCGUGUGAGAUGGGCUGAGAAGUUGAUUUUCAACCCACCACCUCCAGGAGUUACCAAGGUGAUCCUGGCCACCAACAUGGCUGAAACCUCCAUCACCAUCAACGACCAGAAGUUGAUUUUCAACCCACCACCUCCAGGAGUUACCAAGGUGAUCCUGGCUACCAACAUGGCUGAAACCUCCAUCACCAUCAACGACGUCGCCCUGGUCAUCGACACAGGAAAGGCCAAGGAAACUUCCUACGACGCAGUGAACAACGUGCCCUGUCUCCUCCCCCAGUGGGUCUCCAAGGCCUCUGUGAAGCAGAGGCGGGGGCGCGCGGGGAGAGUGCGGCCGGGGGUGUGUUUCCACCUGUACCCGCGCCCGCUGUUUGCUGCUCUGCCGGACUAUGGUCAGCCGGAGCUGCUGCGGGCGCCACUGCACUCGCUGUGCCUGCAGAUCAAAACGCUCGGGCUGGGCAAUAUUGGAGAGUUCCUCGGAAAGGCCAUACAGCCGCCAGAGCCGCUAGCGGUGGACAAUGCCAUAGAGCUUCUGGAGGACGUGGGGGCAUUGGACGAGGAUGAAAACCUCACACCACUGGGUCGGCACCUCACAGCACUGCCUUUGGAGCCACGCGUGGGGAAGAUGCUGGUGAUGGCAGCGGUGCUGUCAUGUGUGAACCCUGUGCUCACCGUGGGGGCUACUCUUAGUGAGAGAGAGCCGUGGGUUCGACCAGCAGACAAGCGAGAGGUGGCUUACGCGGUGCGGCUGCGCUAUCGCAGGGAUGCACUGCAGGGCAGGCUGCGCCUUUCUGGGGUGGCUGACUCGGUGCGGCUGCGGUUUGCAGGAGAUGACUGCAGCGACCACUUUGCAGCAGUGCGGGCGUUUGAGGGGUGGGUGGCGGUUCUGGGAUCAGCCACUAGCCAUUUUCCAUCCCUCCCCAUCGCCCUCCUCCCCCACCUUCCCCCUAACCCUGUCCAUCAGGUGGCUGACUCGGUGCGGCUGCGCUUUGCAGGGGACGACUGCAGUCAUCACUUCGCAGCAGUGAGGGCGUUUGAGGGGUGGGUGGCGGCUCUGGGGGCAGGGAACAGCCGCAGCGACGGCUACAGCGCUGCUCGGGCGUACUGCUUCGACCACUUCCUAUCGCAUCCCACCAUGCAGGCACGUGGUGGUGUUAUAGGCACGUGGUGUUCUUCAAUAGCAGGGCUGAGGCGGCAGCUGCUGGGGACACUUGGCGAGCUGGGAUUGGUGGAUGUGCAGCAGGGCAUGGAUGACGCCAACAGCAGGAGCAACGACCCCGAGUUUGUUCGAGCUGCGUUGUUGGCCGGGCUGUUCCCUGGGGUGGCGUCUGCUGUGGCCAACAGCAGGAGCAACGACCCUGAGUUCGUCCGAGCUGCGUUGCUGGCUGGGCUGUUUCCCGGGGUGGCUUCUGCUGUGAAACGGACGCGCAGCACAACGUACAAGACGGAGGAGGAUGGGGAGGUGAACAUUCACCAGUCCUCUGUGAACGCGGGUCUCACGCGCUUCCCCUACCCCUGGCUGGUGUUCAACGAGAAGAUCAAGACAACCUCGGUCUUCAUCCGUGACUCUACCGGAGUGUCCGAUGCGGGGCUGCUGCUGUUCGGAGGCCCGCUCACCCCCACCACCGACCCCGGGUAUCUGCACAUGCUGGACGGCUACUUUGAGUUCUUCAUGCCGCCCACCGCCGCCCGCUCCGUGCUCGGUUUACGGACCGAACUCGACUCCCUGAUCCAACGGAAGCUGGAGAACCCGCACCUCCCCUUAACACCAGAGGACGAGGCCAUUAUGGGAGCUGUCUCGGACCUGCUGCAGUGCGAGCAGUCACAAGGCACCUUCACCAUCGGCCUCCAGCCAAAGCUCGCCCCACCCAAGCCAGUCAAACCCGUUCGGGCGAAAGCAGUGGACAUGAAACUGGAAGCCGGAAAGGAUUUCAAGUCGUACGUUCACAACAACUGCAAGAUCCACUUCCUGGGCAAACCGCGUUACUACACGGAGCAGAUCGGGACGAAAAAGGAGAAGGUGUAUCAGUGCACUAUGCGGCUUGGUGGGGCCGCAGCGGGGAUUGAUUUUGUCGGCGAGCCGGCUUCUACUAAGAAAGUAGCUGAGUGGAACGCUGCUGUGGAGGCGUGGCAGUGGAUUUUGGAGUAUAAGAAGGUGGAGCGGAAGGAGAAGGAGGCUAAGGAGGAGGUGAAGAAGGCUGGGAGGAAGGAUAGAAAGGAAAUCAGGAAGGCGAAUCAUAAGAUGGAGGAGAGGUGGGAGUUUUGGAGGAAGAAGUAUGAGGAGGAGGAAACGGCUGCGAGGGCUGCGAAACGGAAGGAGAAAGGAGGAGGCAGUGGGGGGGUUGUAGGGGUGGGGGAUGAAGAGAUGGUGGGUGAAAGGGCGGCGGAAGGAGGAAGAGGGAUGGAAGAGAAGGGUGGGUUAAGGGGGCGUGGGAAGGCAGGAAGAGCGUCAAAAAGGGAGCGUAAGGAGGGGGGCAGCGAGGGCAAGGGUAAGCAGGAGCUUCUUCCGUUGAGUCAGGCAACAAAGGGAGUGGCGAAGGUGGCGUCUAAACGAAGAGGGAAGGAGAGAGCAGGAGGAGCAGAGGAGAGGCUUGAUGCAGCUGGUGGGGGGGGAGCAGAGGUAGCAGGAGGGGGAGUGGUGGAUGGGGAUGGUGCAAGGGAAUGGGCUGAUAUGGCUAGUGGAGGGGAGGAGGAGGAGAGGGGGAGAGGGAAAAGUGGGAGGAAGGGCAAGGGCAAGGGAAAGGGCUCCCUAGAGGUGGUGCUUCCGAAUGAUGAUGAUGUGUUUGAGAUGCCGCCACAAAAGAGGAAGGCUAGGGGUAAGGGGAAAAGCACCAUUGAGGUGGUGCUUCCUAGCGAUGAUGAUAUGCAAGGAAGGGUAGGGCAGAAGCAUGGUAGGAAGCGCACUGUGGAGGAAUAG